AUGGUGGGAAGCGCUGGCAGCUGUGGCUUCCAGCCCUCUGGUGCUGGGUCCAGCCAGUUCAUAACGCUGACACUGCUGGAUUCUGCCCAGGUCCACCUCCAAACCCAGCAGGAGGUGAAGAUGCGGAUGAUGGGGAUGGCGAUGCGUGUGAUCCGCACUGACGGCUUCUUGGCUCUCUACAACGGGCUCAGCGCCUCGCUGUGCCGGCAGAUGACAUAUUCCUUGACUCGCUUCGCCAUCUAUGAGACUGCCAGGGACCGCCUGGGCCAGGGCGGCCAGGGACCUCCCCCCUUCUACCAGAAAGUGCUGCUGGGUGCAGUGGGAGGUUUCACCGGCGGGUUUGUGGGGACCCCAGCAGAUAUGGUGAAUGGCUUGAAGAAACUCUUCUCAGGAGCUACAAUGGCAUCCAGCCGAGGGGCCCUUGUCACCGUUGGGCAGCUCUCCUGUUAUGACCAGGCCAAGCAGCUGGUUCUCUCAACUGGAUUUCUGUCAGACAACAUCUUCACUCACUUCCUGGCCAGCUUCAUCGCUGGUGGAUGUGCCACAUUCCUGUGUCAGCCCCUGGAUGUGCUCAAGACCCGUCUCAUGAACUCCCAGGGCGAGUACCGGGGUGUUGCCCACUGUGCCAUGGAAACUGCCAAGCUCGGCCCCCUUGCCUUCUACAAGGGCUUUGUUCCUGCUGCUAUCCGGCUCAUUCCUCACACCGUCCUCACCUUUGUCUUCCUGGAACAGCUGCGCAAAUAUUUUGGGAUCAAAGGCUUUGUUCCUGCUGCUAUCCGGCUCAUUCCUCACACCGUCCUCACCUUUGUCUUCCUGGAACAGCUGCGCAAAUAUUUUGGGAUCAAAGUGAUCACCUGA